UUUAUCCGGAUAUAAACGUUUAAAUUUUUUCUAAUUUUUAUGAAAUAUGUCAUCGAGAUCGUCAACACCUCAACCUAUAGUCGAACAAACAGUAUCUAAAGAACCUACUUCACCCGCUAGAAAUCCAUUUUCUAUUAACAGCAUCCUGAAUAGGAAAGAAACUAAACGUAAAUCGUUACUGAUUUGUGUACAAGAUCAAGAAUGUGCUAAUAUAGAAACUACGGCUGCUGUUACGCAUUUAUGUUACGAUCCACAUUUACCUUCCGUUAUUGGGACCUCUGUGUUACCAAUUUCUCCAAUUGUUGGUUCUGUUCCACGUAAACCCACACCGUGGUAUCCCUGGGCACAAGUAACACCAGAUAAUGUACAGAUAUCUCUAGAACAUUCAGCAGGAAUCAUCUACAGAAUAGGGAAUGAUGACAGGGUCUCUGUUUACUCGGCAGGUACACCGAAUACACUAGCCAGAUCGUCACAGACAUCAAGCCAUUCAGAACAGAUAAAUGCAAAUAGCCCAACAUCCACACCAGCAACGUCACCUGUACCAACAUCAAACGUCACAUCUACAGAAGCUGAAGGGGAUGACUGUACAACAGGUGAUUGCAGAGACGACAAAAAUAAGAAAAAUCGUAGGAAAAAGAAGACGAGGACAGUAUUUACUAGAAGCCAAGUAUUCCAAUUAGAGUCUACAUUUGAUAUGAAACGUUAUUUAUCUAGUUCAGAACGUGCAGGUUUGGCUGCUUCACUCCAUUUGACCGAAACACAGGUUAAAAUAUGGUUCCAGAAUCGAAGAAACAAGUGGAAAAGGCAAUUAGCUGCUGAGUUAGAAGCUGCACACGCUGCAGCAACACAGAGAUUGGUUCGAGUACCGAUUUUGUAUCACGAUUCGACUGCUGGCCCUCCUACGCAAUCUGCAGAUUCACCUAAUGCUCUAGGAGCCAAUCCUGCACCCACAUUAUCCACUUAUCCUUCACUUUAUUAUCAUCCUACUUAUAGUGGAGCGCAAUCUUCUACAGUAAGAGCACCGUUGCCAGGACUUGUUUGAGGAUAGAAUAAUAUAAAAAUAUAUAUAAAAUAUAUAUAAAUAAAUAUAUUUGCUGAUAGAUUCCACGUGGAAGAAUGACUUUACAUCAUCAUUACGAUAACAAGAUGAGGAGGAAGAUUUAUAUCCGCUUGUUCAACGAAUCAAUGUUUUUUGCUUUAAAAGUCAUAUUCUGGAGUCUAUGAUGAUGAAAACACUUGUCGAAAAUAUGGAAUUAUCCUAAUUAUUUAUUAAUAUCUUACAAGAAUCUUGUACAUUUUCGGUUUAUAUUUUUCUUUUCUGAA